UACGUUUUACGUCUCGUACGACGGAGUCAUACGUUUGUAUACUAUAGUUACGUCGCAAUGGAAACAUUUUCGUUCUUAUUUUCGUCGCCUCUUGGGCUGUUACUAACCACUCUGAUCAUUAUCGGCGUUUUAAAAUUUGUUUCACUGGUUCAUCGUGCAUAUUUUUACUGGAAAGGUAAAGGUGUUCCUUAUCUGCCUGAUUCAUUGAGGUCUCUCGUAAUGGGUUGGAAGGUGUUUCUGCGUCGUCUGAGUUUUACCGACAAUAGUCUUUUUGUGUAUAAUUACUUCCCAGACGCUAAAUAUUGUGGAAUGAUGGAAUUUGCUACACCUGUUGUGCUUCUGCGCGAUCCUGAACUGAUCAAGGAUGUAUUAGUGAAAGACUUUGAAAUUUUCCACGAUCAUCGUAUUUUCAUGGAUGAAAGUCUGGACCCGCUAUUCAGUAAGAAUAUUUUCUUCUUACGCGGAGAUCGCUGGAGAGAAAUGAGAAACACGUUAAGUCCCUCUUUCACUGCUAGCAAGAUGAAGAUUAUGUUUGAUUUAGUAUCAAAAUGUUCUCGUGAAUUCGUCAAUUACUUGGUCGAUCAUCCGGAACUGUAUGAUGCGAUUGAAACGAAGCAAAUCUUCAGACGGUACACCACUGACGUAAUCGCUACAACGGCUUUUGGCAUAAGCGUGAAUUCUAUGAAAAAUCCAAAUAACGAGUUCUAUGCAAAAGGAAUAGAAACCAGCAAGGCUUUUAGCGGAUUUCUAGCAUUGUUCAAGUUUAUGUUUAUGCGUGCGUUUCCGCGUUUUGCCAAGAUGUUUGGUAUGACGGGUUUCAGCUCAAAGUUUAUAGCCGAGUUUUUCAACAGGAUUGUUGGAGAGACCAUCAAAAUUCGAGACGAGCAAGGUAUCGUCAGGCCGGAUAUGAUUCACUUAUUAAUGCAAGCUCGAGACAAAGAUGGUCCCAGCGUUCACAAAUUGACAUUGGAUGACAUUGUUUCGCAAGCUUUCAUCUUUUUCUUAGCCGGUUUUGACACAUCCUCGACGCUGAUGUCUUUUGUUGCUCAUGAGCUAGCGGUUAAUCGAGAUAUUCAAGAUCGCUUGCGCGAGGAAGUGCAGCAGCAUGUCGGCGAAAAUGACGAGAUUUCUUACGAAUCGCUGUCGAAGAUGAUUUAUAUGGAUAUGGUAAUUAACGAGACGCUUCGAAAGUAUCCACCAGCGAUCUUCAUCGAUAGAUUUUGCAAUAAGAGUUAUGAGUUGCCUCCGUCGCAGCCAGGUUGCAAGAGCUUAACUGUCGAAUCUGGUAGCAUAAUGAUGAUAUCCGUUUAUGGUUUACAUCGUGAUCCCAAAUACUUUCCGGACCCAGACAAAUUUGAUCCCGAACGAUUCAGCGAAGAAAACAAAGACAAUAUUGUUCCGUAUACUUAUUUACCUUUUGGACAUGGACCUAGAAAAUGUAUUGGCAAUCGAUUUGCUCUAAUGGAGACCAAGAUUCUGAUAGCUCAUCUUUUGCAAAAAUUUAUUCUAAAGAGAACGAAAAAAACUGUUGAGCCUGUUGUAUACGAUAAAAAUGAAUUCAAUUCGACAUCAGAAGGUGGAUUCUGGAUCGGUUUGGAGAAAAGAGAAACAUGAUGAGCUUGUAUAUGAAAUUUUUUGAAGAUGGUUGAAGUCUGGGAUCUAUCUAUGACACAUCAUUGUGCCAUUUGAAUGUUACAUAAAUUUAAUAUUUUGUAUAUGUUAUUGUUCCAUUUUUAUUGCAUUAUUGCUGAUAAAAAUUGAUAAAAUGAAAAUUAUGAUGUGUGCUGUGUAUCAUGACCUUUUAGGCUCUUGACUUUAUUCGUUCAUAUGGUGGGCUUUAAUGACUUACAUAACUUGUAUUUAUGUCAGCAAGUAACAGUAGAGACGAUCUAGUAGAAACUUUCAUUUUGGAUAUGAGAAAAAAUCUUAUAUCACUGCGCAAAUAUAUUUUAUUAUUCAUUUUUUAUUAGUUUUAACAUAUUUUUCUUUUCUUUUUUCUUAUAUUAACUCGAAUCACGUUCUUUAUAAUUUAUAAAAUUAAACAUUCUAUUUGAUAUUUUUUGAAAUUCAUAUUAUUAUAUAGUUAACAGCUUUGGGGAUGCCUUUAGAAACAUUGUAAAAAAUGUAACGUUUUUAAAUGAUAUUUUUUAUAAUCAAUAUUUCUUAAGUGUAACAAAAUUGAAAAAUUAUUAUAUAUACGAAAUUUUGUAACUAUUGAUUGUGGUAAUAAUAUU